AUGGUGUCUGCUCUCACCGUCCUCCUCCUUGAGCUCCCUGCGCCCGGACCCUCCAUCUCCAUCAGCCCCAGCGGGGUGAUCGCCCCGGAGGCAGCCAUCACCCUCAGUUGUCAGUGUCGGUGCGGGGCCAGGAGGUUAUUUCUGUAUAAAGGUAGAAUCGAAAUCUGGGCGCUGGAUGCUAUUGGGGAUGGGGGUGAAUUCCCCAUCCCCAGCGCCAGGCGGGAAGACGGAGGGGUCUACAGCUGCCGAUCUCGCUCCAGAUCGGAGCCGCCCAAGUGGUCGUAUCCCAGUGACAUCGUGCAGAUCAUUGUAGCAGAGCUCAGCUUCCCCAAACCCUCCAUCUCCCUGAGCCCCAGCAGGCGGGUGACCCCGGGGGGAGCUGUGACCAUUCGGUGUCGGGAUCAGCACCAGAACGCGACGUUCCUUCUGUACAAAGAUGGGAACCCGAACGCGCUGCAGGACGCGGAGCCGGCUGGGAACGUGGCUGAGUUUCCCAUCAGCAACGUAAGCCGGAGAGACGCAGGGAGCUACAGCUGCCGAUAUAGCACCAAAUUGGACCCGCCCAUCUGGUCACAUCCCAGCGACCCUGUGGAGCUGGUGGUAGCAGAGCCCAGCUACCCCAAACCCAACAUCUCCCUGCACCCCAGUGGGCAGGUCGCCCCGGGGGGAGCCGUGACCAUCCGGUGUGAGUGUCGGUGUCAGGGAGCGAGGGUCCUUCUGAGUAAAGCUGGAGACCCGGACGCACGGUGCAUGACGGACCCCGUGGGGGACGUGGCUGCGUUUCCCAUUCGCAGUGUGAGCCAGGGAGACGCAGGGAACUACAGCUGCCAAUAUAGCACCAAGUGGGACCCGCCUGUCUGGUCAGAGCCCAGCGACCCCGUGGAACUGGUGGUAGCAGCAGCCCCCCAUGCCAACAUCGCCUGCCUGGGGCUGAGCGCCACGGUCCUGCUCAUCCUGGGGUUGAUCCUGGCCGAGGCCUAUUACAGCCGCUCGAGGGGGGCGCCCUAG